AUGCGUCGCGUGCGAAGCGAGGGUCGAGGGUGGUUCGGUGUCAUAUUAGCCUACUCAGACUGUCGCCGUUACCUUGGCAUCGACGGAACUACCACAUUACGUGUACCUCAACUCCUGGAGUAUCUUUCGCGCUUGUGUCUUCGCCCCAGUGUCUCUCCGCUCUUGUCUUCGCGCGCCCUCCUCCCAGGCCGCCGCCUCCAAGAGGCAGCAGUAAAGUACCUCGGCGUGAGCUCGGCGGGCGCGCGCGGCGUGGUGCGCGCGGAGCACGUGAGCCGCGACGAGGCCGGGCUGCGCGAGCUGCUGCGGACUGGCUACUUCCGCGCCGCCGUCAACCUCACUGCCGGGCUGCUAGCGGCCGCUGGACAGGGUGUAGGCCGCAUGCAUCGGCAGACCAAGCACACGCCGCGCACGCUGCAGCUUUGGCUGACGAGGUUCGCUGUGAUGCUGAGGAUCCGUCUCCACGAGCCUCUGGUGAAGGAGGCCGAGCCGUUCGGGGACUUUAGCAAGCCUGACAUGUUCUAUGAGUUCUAUCCAGACACAUACGAGGGCCGUACCGGGAGCCUAGUCCCGUUCUCACUAAGGUUGCUAGUGGCUGAACUCCCGGGACACGUCGGGAAGGCUGAGGAGGCUGUGGACAGGCUGUACGCGAUGAUCGACGUUAUUCAGAAGAUGCUAUCAAACCUGCGCGAGGGCAAGACAGAAGACGGCACGGGAGUCCUAACUUCUGAGCAGGAUAAAGCCGAGUCUAUACGACUGUGGAGCGGCCGGGAGACUAGGGUUCUGCAUUCUAUUGUCAACUGUGCUAUCACUUUGAAGGAUUACCGCCUAGCCGGCAAGAUCCUAACCUCCCUCCAAGCCGAAGCAUCAACCCCGAGCCAGAAGCGAGCCAUCUCCAGCGCCCUCUGCCGGCUGUGGCUGCUCGCCGGACACGUCAGAGCGGCGCGGGCGCAGCUCGACGCGGGCAGGGAGGCGCGCCACCACAUAUGCCCCACGCCAGACGUCCGGGAGUAUGUGGAUAUGGGACUCAUCGACAUCGCCAACGGGAAGUACCAGGACGCGUACAACAAUUUCGCGACGGCCGCUGAUCAAGAACCUACCAAUAUUAUGGUAGCGAACAACAUAGCCGUCUGCCUACUCUACAUGGGCCGCCUCAAGGAAGCCAUCGCGGUCCUGCAGAAAGCCAUCAACUCCAACCCCGAGAGAGGCCUCAACGAAUCCCUACUUAUCAACCUCUGUACGCUGUAUGAGCUGGAGUCUUCGAAGACUAAUGAUAAGAAACUCCAUCUGUUGAGGAUGCUGUGUAGGCAUCGGAGUGAUACGGUCCCUGAUGUUUUGGAGUGUUUGAAGUUGAGCUAAAGUAGUUCAAUACAGGACUAACGCGUAACUGAGUGAGUGUUUGAGUUAGGGCACAGGAGGGGUGACAUUAUGACGUGAUAGACCAGGGGUUCCCAAACUUAUUUAGUCUACUGCCCACUUUGAGAAUAAAUUAUUUUUUAGCGCCCCCCAUUUUUGUAGUC